AUCGCUUCUCGGCCUUCUGGCUAAGAUCAAAAGCUACGCAACUAGGUUCUGCGACUGGCGAUUUAUCCACCGUGCCAGGCUUGAUUGUGUACCUCUUAACGCCACCAGGAGAUUUGGGAAUGGGGACAAGCGUUGCAGGCGGUGCCAGGAACAAAAUGAAACACUGCCACAUGUCCUCAACCACUGCAGAAUGCACUCGGCUGCCUGGCAACACCGGCAUAACGGGAUCCAGGACAGGUUUGUGAAGGCCCUCCCUGCUCGCCUUGGGACAGUCCAUGUAAACAGGAGAGUGCCCCACUCCACUUCCAACCUACGUCCCGACAUCGUGGUGGUGAAUGAGGACGAGUCAAGGGUCAUCAUCGUUGACGUCACUGUGCCUUUUGAGAACGAACCUCAAGCCCUCCUGCAAGCCCGCGAAACCAAGAAAGCAAAGUAUGCAGGCAUUGCUGAGGAGCUUCGCACUCAGGGCUACGAGGCAACGGUGGAUGCCCUCAUUGUCGGUGCUCUUGGUUCAUGGGACCAGAACAACGAACCGGUGCUCCGGCUGUGCGGAAUCUCGCAGAGAUACGCGAAGCUCAUGAGGCUGCUGAUGUGUAGCGACACAAUCAGAUGGUCCCGUGAUAUUUAUGUGGAGCAUCUCACGGGUACCCGGCAAUAUGCGGUUGGUGCCUGAUUUGUCUGUCCAUGUUUUUUUAUUUUUUUUCUCUGAUUUUACAACGCAACUUAUUGUUUCUUUUUGUCUAAAAAUGUGUAUUAUUAUUCUUUUUAAAUAUUCCUUCCUUCUACCUUUAUAUUCAAUUGUUAUUUCUUAUAUGUCUUAUACACUAUAGUACUAUACCUAUAUCUUUUAUUAUCAAUUUUGUAAUAUUGUGAUCACAAUGGGCUGUAAUUAUUCAUGUACCUGACUAUUUUAUAUAUAUUUUGACACAACCAUUAUUGUAUAACCUAUGUAAAAAUUAUUAUUUAUAAUAAAAAUUUCAAUCUG